AUGGCCACCAUUGGAGUUGUCAACUAUCACAUUACCUUUAUCGCCGUCAACCUCGCCGUCACAAUUGUCUUUGGCCUGAAUCCCAUUCGUCUAAACCUGGAGUUCUGGUACGGCAGUAUCUCCAUUUUCGUUGGGUUCUUCGUGCCCAUUGUCCCGGCCGCACUUGGCCACUUUGGUUGGGACCCUGUCCUGGAUGUAUGUUGGAUCCAGGCUAGCGAUGACAGGUCCCGGAUGCGAAACCUUGUCCUCGACCUCUACCUCUGGCAACUACUCUCGUGCUUCAUUGCUACAGUCGCAGUCACGAUGACUCUUGUGACCCUCUUCCGUCAAGGACGUGCCACCGCCCGCGCUCUGUCCAGCGGUGAAUCUUUCAACCUCACCAUGAGUGGUGAGGAGACGCUCACCGAUGCUGCCGGGAAUGAUCUACCGUCACCAAAGAUUGGUGGUCCCAUCGGGCGGUGCCUCGUCCGCCGGCGCAUCUCUAAAAACCGCAGGAAUCAGUUUGGGCAUCUAGAGGAUCGCUUUGUGGGCAUCGCAGUGAGAAUUGCCGCAUACCCCGUUGCCCUAGCUAUCGUGAAUGGCAUCAUUGCAAUCGGAGACUUGUACAUAUCCGCCACUGGUGGGGUUACGAGUCGCGCCGAGUUUGGCCUCUAUGUUGUGUAUUACUUUUUCUAUGGCGCUCGAGGUUGUGUGUUUGCCUUUAUCUGCGUCUUCGUCGACCCUUGCCUGCGGAACGGUGUACGUGAAGCGUGGACGGCUACAUUCCCCACCCAACCGGACCCCCACGCUCUGUCGACAGAUGACGCGUUGCCUCCCUUCGUGUCCCUCUUUGAGCCUUCGCCGCCAAACACAGCCACUACAUCCACAGUUGACAAUGCUGGGGGUGAUAGGAGCUCUGGAGGUAGCAUGGGGUUUAUGCAGGCGCUGUUUGACCUGGAUACCGACUCACCGGAAGAGAAGGACGAAAGGGUUGCUGCGGCAGCCGCGAAGUCCCCUUCAAAGUGGACAUUCUGGAAGCAAUCGAGACCUGGACCACAAAUCUUGCCGACGUCCUCACCGCGCGCCUCCGAACAACAAGGCUUCUCUAGCCAGUUUGCCGGUGUCCCUGUCGAUGCCCUACCGUCUGGCCUCGACGACGUUGCCGACGAUAUUGUGCAGCCGGCAGUUCUCGCAGAGUCUCAGGCAGUGGACGCCAUGGAGCGCAUGCUCGCCGAGCCAUCACCGACAAACCCAGAGCCAACGUCUCUAAACUUGGCGGAUCGGCUAAAAGCUAUAGACAAGCUUCAACGCCGCAUGGGCAGUGUUGGGGGCUCGCCCAGUGGCACCCCGUCAAGGGAAUUGUCGCGCGCACCGUCCCGGGCCUACAGCGUGCUUCCAGGACGAAUAAUCAGUCGUGAAGAACCAUUGGGACUCACUUCACAGGCGAGAAACCGCAGCAGACAGCAGAGCCACGGUGACCGCCGUCGCCCUUCGGUUGUUGGGCCCACGGGUGUGCGUACACCUCGAACAUUAGAGCAGCAAAGGCUUGAGCGCCGCGACCGCGCACACCAGCUGGCCGAGAAACUAUACAAUGAGAUGCAGUCACAACUGUAA